AUGGCGGCGAUCAGGCCCAUUUGCUCCUUGCGGGGCCGCUGCAGGCCUUUCCUGCCGACUGUCUGGAGGGCAGGUCCGUGCGGACGGGCCCCAAACUGCAGGCUUUCUUCUGGAAGUGAAACCCUCCUAAAUGUUCAAGGAGCUGAUGUAACAAGUGUUGAAGAAGUGGUCAUUCCAAGAAAGAAAACUUGGGAUAAGGUGGCAGUUCUCCAGGCCCUAGCCUCCACAGUACACAGGGACCCCACAGCUGUUCCCUCUGCAUUUCAAGACGACCCAUACCUCACUCCAACCUCCACUGUGGAGUCUCGCUUAUUUUUAUUGGCAAAGAAGUCUGGAGCGAAUGCAGCUAAGUUUAUAAUUAGUUCAUAUCCCAAAUAUUUUCUGAAGGACAUCGCUGAACCUCAUAUACCGUGUUUAAUGCCGGAGUACUUUGAACCUCAGAUUGAAGGUGUAAGUGAAGCUGCCCUGGAAGAAAGAAUUAAGCUCAAAAAAGUCAAAGCUUCCGUGGACAUGUUUGAUCAGCUAUUGCAAGCAGGAACUGUUAUCUCUCUGGAAACGACUAAUAAGCUCUUGGAUCUGCUCUGUUACUAUGGUGACCAAGAGCCCCCGGCUGAUUAUCAUUUUCAGCAAACUGAGAAGCCAGAAGAAUUGGAAGAGGCCACAGAGGAAAACAGCGAGAAGUCUAGGAAGAAGAUUGGUCAUCAGCUCGGAUUAGCUUGGAAAGAAAACAACAAUGCUGAGAGGAUAUUUGCUCUAAUGCCAGAGAAAAACGCACAUUCCUACUGCACAAUGAUCCGGGGCAUGGUGAAGCACCGAGCUAAUGAGCAGGCAUUAAGCUUGUACUCCGAAUUAUUGAACAGCAGACUUAGCGCUGAUGUACACACCUUCAAUGCUUUGAUUGAAGCAACGGUGUCGGCCAUGAAUGAGAGAUUUGAGGACAGGUGGAAAAAGGUGCAGGAACUGUUGAAACACAUGGUUGCACAGAACGUGAAACCAAAUCUGCAGACUUUUAAUACCAUCCUGAGAUGUCUCCGAAGAUUCCAGGCGUUUGGGAAGCUGCCGGCUUUGCAGACCUUCCGGGAGAUGAGAGCCAUUGGAAUAGAACCCUCGCUUGCAACAUAUCACUACAUUAUUCAAGUAUUUUAUCAGUCUGACAGCGCUUCAAAAGUAUCAUCCCCUAUCAUCUAUGAUAUAAUGGAUGAAUUAGUGGGGAAGAAAUUUGACACAAGGGACCUGGAUGAUGAUAUGUUUUUUCAGUCCGCCAUGCAAGUUGCCUUUUCUCUCAAAGACCUAGAACUUGCUUAUAAAAUACAUGGCCUUUUGAACACUGGCGACAAUCGGAAGUUCAUUGGACCUGAUUAUCGGCGUAAUUUCUAUUAUGGCAGGUUCUUCAGUUUGCUUUGUCUGAUGGAACACAUCGAUGUCACCUUGCAGUGGUAUAAGGACCUGAUACCUUCAGUCUUCUUUCCCCAUUCCAAAACGCUGUUAGAUCUUCUUCAAGCCUUGGAUGUGGCCUGUCGGCUAGAGAUGAUUCCUCAGGUCUGGAAAGAUAGUAAAGAGUACGGCCACACCUACCGCAGUGUUCUGAGGGAAGAGAUCCUCACGCUCAUGGCCAGGGAUAAGCACCCGCCAGAGCUCCAGGUGGCAUUUGCUGACUGUGCUGCCGACAUCAAGUCUACGUACGAAAGCCAAGAAGCCAGGCAGACUGCCUCAGAUUGGCCAGCUGCACCUCUCAACUGUAUAGCUGGGCUCUUUCUGAGGGCCGGGAGAACCCAGGAAGCCUGGAAAAUGCUGGGACUUUUCAGGAAGCAUAACAAGAUUCCCAGGAAUGAGUUGCUGAGUGAGUUUGUGGAUAGUGCAAAAGCAGCCAACAGCCCGGAGCAAGCCAUUGAGGUGGUGAAGCUGGCGAGUGCCUUCAGCCUGCCUGCCUGUGAGGGCCUCGCCCAGAGAGUGCUGGCCGAGUUUGCCAUCACAGAGGAGCAGAAGAAAGCCCUGGGAGGCCCAACUGUGUUGACCAGCAGCAGCAGCAGCAGCAGCAGCAGCGAGAGUGACAGCGACAGCGACAGCAGUGAAGGCAAAUAAAAGUGGGCAAUUCAGAAGCAGAUGAGGCCUGAUGUGUCUGCAGGAAUCCCAUGGGAACGGAGGCAUUCAUAUUUAGCAAUGAUAUGAGAAAAGAAGGGACUACAGAUAGGAAAUUUGUGGUCAGAUUCGGAUUUGACUUUGGUAUUCCCUAAGUGAACCAUCCGUGCACGUGUCAUUGGAGUCUCCCAUUUUAGCAGCAGCAGUGCAGCUUUGUGCCAAGCAGAGCUGGGGGCUUGCUUCCUCUUCAGCAACUGUGUGCCCCUCCAAGGUCCUGAGUCUCAGCCUUGGGCUGCCUCAUGCUGUGGUGCCUGGCCUUAGGUGUCAGCAGGUCUUCAUGUAUUUGGAUAACAAUUGCUGUUCGGUCAACAAGAUCAGUUUCAGGGCCCUUUACGGAGGAUGUGAAAAACGGCAUUUUAAAAUUAAAUAGAAUGAUGACAGGAGUUUAGAUUGCACGACUGACCUGCAAGUGGAGCCUGUCAAUACUCAUAAGUUAUGUGCAUAUGUGUGGGUUCGUUAUUUCUACAUAGCCUUUGCCCUGCCUUUCCCACGUGAGGUUUGCCCAAGUGUCUCCACUGGCCCUUUAGCUCCCUUUUUGUAGGCUGGGCCUCCUUUAGAGGUAUGACUGUGGUGGUUGACAAGAGGGCUUGUGGCUAACACAGGUGGAUGUUUCCUUGGCUUGAUCAUGCAUAGCUGCUACUUGGUUCUUGUUUUCUCUUGAAUGACUCAGUUCAAGAAAUCUGAGGGCAAAGAGAAAUAACUCACCAGUAUAGUACUUAGCUACUUAAGCAUUUAUGUGUUGAUCCAUUAGCCCCUUUACACUGAGUCAAAGAAGCAAUCGGACAGAUCAGCCUUUCAUCUCAGUUUACAACUUUCAGGGAGAACCUGGUUGGUGUCACUGGUUCUUCCUGGUUCACCAGCACCUUCUCCCAUUGCCUCAGUGCUCGCCUGAGAGCACGGUCCAGGAAAACCCUGUUUGUGAUACUGAUAGAACGGCAAUUAUGUCUCAGUUGAUGUAGAUUCAUGUUUACAUCCUGAUAUGUCAACAUUUAUAGCAGAAUUAGAAGGGGCAAGCUCUUCUGGGUUGUAUUUCAGAUCCAAUUAGAACUAGUAUCCAGUUUUGAAAAGCCUAAUUUAAAUAAUGGACAUGCUGCUGUAAUCAUGUCAGAGCUAUAGCGUCAGCACCAGCUGCCUCGAAAGCAGUCGUAUGUUAGAAAUCCGGGUACAGCCUGUCGCUGAGGCUAGUGAGCCAUUUCAGAGUACCCUAAGAACAGUCGGGAGUGAGAACUGUGAAGGCUAAAGGAAGGAGUCUUCAGAUAUGUCGAAUAAGCUUGUUUGACCACCAUUGUGCAGAAAUGAGAUUUUUUGUUCAACAGGUCAGUUGAGGACUGCCAAUACAAUGCCGUAUUACCACACUUUGACCAGCCAGCCACUAAGGAUCUUAACAAUACCGCUUCCAAAUGUCUCUUAUGGAUUAGAACCUGGCACCCAGGAGCUCAUUAUGCAGAGUAAAUUGUAAUGAAUGCUACCCACCUCCUCAGCAGUCUUUGUUGAUUUUUGCUGAAUUUCUUGUUUGCUGCAUGAAACUACACAAAGCCGUGACCCUAGAGGGAAAGAUGUUUGUAUGUACAGUCACGAUUAAAACAGGGUUUUGUCUGUAUUUUAAACUGUAGGGCCACACUUAUUAGCUGGUCUUGAAGCCUGUUCUGGGUAAUAAAAUUUAAUGAGAUGAAGUCAGAAAUCCAAGUACAUGCAGUAAAGUCACCGUUCCGUGAUUUGUAACUCACAAGAUUGCAGAGCCACUAGAAGGAUGACAGGACAGGUGAUAGAAUCAUUUAGAGUAGACCUGAGAGGUAAAAUGACUUGACCACACAAAUGAGGUUACUUGAUUUAGCUGAUUUAAGCAAUGUACUGAAACAUGGAAAGGUCAAAUACAUGGGCAGUGCAUCUUCAACUGUCUAGAGCAAUGCUGCCUGGGGACCUGCAAAGCAGUGGACUUUAGCAUGGGAAGGCCUGCUAGGGAUCAGCUCAAUUUUAUAGCUCGCAGCGAAAAUUAAAACUUGAAAACUAA